AUGAAAGCUGCUGUUGUAUCAAAUCCUGUGGAGCCUACUAAAUUGACAGAAGUCAAAGAAAUUCCCAAACCUAAAAUCCAAGACAAUGAAAUUUUAGUCAAAGCAAAGGCAUAUGCCAUCAAUCCAACUGACUGGAAACACAUUGUCUUUAAAAUGAGCAAGCCUGGUGAUGUCGCUGGCAGUGAUGCAAGUGGUAUUGUCGAAGAAGUUGGUUCUCAAGUUACAACCUUCAAAAAAGGCGACAAUGUGAGUUCUCUUGUGAUUGGUAAUGUUUCUCCCGAUAAUGGGGCAUUUGCUGAAUACUUUGUUGCCAAACCUCAAGCCACAAUCAAGUACGAUCACGAUUUGGUCAGUUCACUGGACCCUAAAUCUUCUACUAUUGAUUCAUUUGAAGGGGCUGCAAGUGUGACCAUUGGUUUGUGUACUGUUGGAAUCUCAUUUUCCCAUUACUUGAAUAUUGCCCAACACAAAAAGGAAGGUGAUUCUAUUUUAAUUUGGGGUGGUGCCACUGCCACUGGUAUUUUGGCCAUUCAAGUUGCCAAAUUGGUUUACAAUUUGAAUGUUAUCACUACUGCCUCUCCUAAAAACCAUGAAUAUUUGAAGGAAUUGGGUGCAGACUAUACUUUGGACUAUAAUGACGCCGAUGUAGUUCUGAAAUUGCAACUGCUUGGACAUAUAAAGUUUGGUUUGGACACAAUUGGUAAUCAAGAAACGUUUCAGAAACUCUAUGAUGCAACUACUGGCACACCAGAAGUUUUCUUGGACUCAUUGCUGCUUAUCGAUGGCAACUCGAUCAAGACUAACCCUGAAAGAAAAGUUCAUUGGGGAUACACUUUAGGAUACCUUGUUGUUCAAAAGGAAAAAGUUUUGGGCACCAAAAAGUUGGUGCAAACCCCAGAGUUGGUCCAUGAUUUUAAUGCUUGGUGGGGAAAUGUCUUGCCUACAAUCAUAAACAAAGUCAAACAUGCUAACUUGAAGAUUUUAGACGGAGGAUUGGCUUCCGCCAAUGAAGGGUUGCAAUUGUCAAGAGACAACAAAGUUUCGGGACAAAAGAUUGUUUUUAGAGCUGCCUAA